AUGAAUCCUGCGGAAGAAGAUCAAAACUCCAUUAGUGUCCAGGCCGAUGCCUUUAAUGAAUCUGUUAUGGAUCGUGUCGGGGUGCUGGAAACGGAUCAUCCGUUAUUGGAGCGGUUCCAGGCCGCCCUAAAGUCUCACCUGCUGAAGGUAAAAUCUCAACUGGAAGAAGAGGUGAAUGAGCUGAACCAUCGGCUGGAGCAAAAUGAGAAAGAGUCCGAAGAGGUCGGCGCUGAACUGUACGAUCUACAGGAGGAAAUUGACAACCAAAAGGAGCUUCUCGAAAUCUACGGUAAAGAAAUCAUGGAACUGGCUGCACAACGCCAGCAAGAGGAAAAACAAGCGGCGCAAUACAGGAAGGAAUUUGAAGAGCAGCAAGCUACUUUGAAGGAGUUCAAAAAAAUUCACAAGGAGCACUUGAUGGAGCUGGAAAAUUUGACCAUCCUGGAGAAUGAAUUUUCCAAGUGGGCGCAGGAGAUUAAGGACGAAAUCGCGGUGGCCAAGCGUGUUGCAAGCAAGGAUGCGAAGGACCAACUCAUCGCCGUCGAGGAACAGCGUAAGGUAGAUUUCCUCGUGUUGAACCUGAGCACGGAGGUUAAGCGUAAGGAGCACGAGCUAGAGGCCAUAGAUGAUCAGAUUAAGGAGCAGGAUGAAAAACGAGAAACAAUUAGCCGCAGUCUGGCAGAUGCGAAUUCCGACCUGGAGGCGCUGCAACACGAGCAUAAGCGCGUGUCACAGGCUUGGGGCGAAGUGAUAGUGGCCAUCCAGCAGCGUGAUCGCGUGCUGGUCAAAACGAAGGAGGAGCUGGAUGCGAUUUAUGAGGAGCAUAAAGUUAUCAAGAGCAAAACAGAAAUCACAAAGAAAACGGCAUCGAAGGAAAUGGAGCAGAACGAGAAGCUGGCCGGAUUCAAGAAUCGCAUCCAGGGAGACAUCAACUCGCUGGAGAAGCAGGUUCGCAAGGAGCAGGAAGACGAAGAUAAGCUCAAGCGCGAUCUGGAUCACUACGCGCUGAUUCUCGAGCAAACCGAAGCUGAUAUCCUGAAGGCGCAGCAGGAGGGUUUGCUGAUCGAGAACCAUCUGAAGUCUCUCCGCCAGACGCUUGAGAAGCAAAACCGCAAAAAGUUCGAUCUGGAGGAGCAAAUUCUGGAGCUGCUGCAAGAUCAGCUUACCACCGAUAAGGCCGGUGAGUCUCAAGGGAAGCUUCUGCGUGAUACCCAACAAAAACGCAGAGAGCUGGACAUUACGAUGACGGACACUGAAAACCAACUCUCAGUGGUGUUGCUUGACUUGGAAAAGUGGAGAUUGAUUGUCGAGAACUCGAAGGACGUCUUGCGGAAGGCUAAGGAUGAUCACGAUGAGAUGGAUGCAAGUGCCAACAAGUGCAACGAAGAAAUUAAGCUGGUGAAAGAAUCGAUCGCAAUGAAGCUGCGCAAAAUGGAUUCAUUGAACAGGGAACUGGAGCAGCUGAUCAGCAAAGCGGGUGGGCAAGAGAUGAACCCGGACGAGCUGAAGCUGCUUGACGUGCAGCAAGACAUUAUCGAGAUUGACGGGAAGAUCAAAGAGGCCCAGUCUUCAUGGUUGAAGCUGCAAUCGAGCGUCGCAACCCUGGUAGAAAAGCGAUCCCAGCAGCUGAGCGAAAUCAACUAUUCCCGCAAGAAGCUGCUGCUGGCGGAGCAAAAGGCGAUUAAAAUCGAAGCACAACUCGAGGAGGUUAUGAACGAAAAUCGUGAAAUCGUGCGCUCGCUGUCUACGCUCAACACUCGGCUAGAUAAUGCCAGCAUGGAGCUGUUCAAGACGCGCAAGGUGCACGAGAAAGGCGAACAAGAGUGCGAGGUGGCUCACCAUCAGGCGACGGACCGCUUGCGGGAUGCCGAAAUGGCUGUUCUGAGUCUUGAACAAGAGCUGAAGGAACUCGGCAAAGAGAUCGAAGACUGCAAGCAGGAAGUGCUGGAAAAGCAUCGCGAGGCAUUGUCCUGGGAAACCAAGUGCAAGAUGUCUGCCGAGGCGAAGAAGUUCAAGGACGAGGAGACAACUCAGAACAGCGAGAUCGGUAUCAUGAAGGCGGAAAUUCAUCGCAUGCAGGUGCGAUUCGGGCAGCUGAAGCGCAUGCAGGAGAAGCUCGUCCAUGAUCUCAAGAAUACGGUGCAGCAUCGGGAGAAUAUUUUCGAGUCUGUCACCGCUCGCGAAAAGGUGUUCGGUGGCAAGUUCAAGACUCGCUCCACGAUGCAGCACAAAAUCAACGAGCUGAAGAACAAAUUGAAAAUGGUCUUUUCGGAAAUUUCGCAAGCUGAGAAAAGCCUGAUCGAGAUCGACACCGCACAGAAGCUGCUGCAGGCGGAAAUCGAGAACAAGAAGCACCAGAUCGAAGAGGAAAAGCUACAAACCAACCUGAUUCGGGCGGAAACGGAGCAAGCUGCGCUGUUGAAGCAAGAGAACCUCGACUACAUCGUACGCCAUCAGUAUCGUGCCCGUCGUUACCGGGCGUUGGCUAACGCGCAGCAGCUUCCAAAGUUCCGGAAUGAGAUCCUCAUCCAAGCUGAUCUGCAGCGGCAACGAGAAAUCAACGAGAACAUCGUAGCGGUGGUGGAAACGCUGCAGCAGGAUUUCCCCACUCAGAAGCACAACUUCAACAAGAUCCUUCAAUCGCUCAAGUAG